GUGUGAGUUUGUGCAUAUCUUUAUAUAGAAGUAUAUUUCAAAUGUUCUCUCCAGAGAGGUUUGAGUUUUAGACCAGAACCAUGCAUUCUUCCGUAUUUCUUAUUGCCAUUGUUUGUCUGCCGCUGGUGCUGGCAACAAUCCCAUUUUCUGAUUGUGGAUCAAAAGUUGGUAAGAUCAACUCCAUUACACUAAAUGAUUGUCAAAAACUUCCAUGUGUUGUAAAGAAAGGAACAUUUGCCAACUUCACAGUCAAUUUCACUCCCAACAAAGACAUAUCUGCAAUCAAGAUUGAAGUCUGGGGAAAAAUCUCCCCAUUGCCUCCAGUUCCUUUUAAUCCAGGCAGCCCAGAUGGAUGUAAAAAUAGCAGUUUGAAGUGUCCUUUGAAGGCCAACACCCCUGUUUCAUUCAAAAAUCACCUGGAAGUGAAAAAGAUGUACCCUACAGUUUCGGUCAUCAACCGCUGGCAACUGACAAACGAGAAGAAAGAGAAGAUCAUUUGUUUUGACAUCAGUCUAAGGAUUGUCGAUUAAUUUGGUUUUCUUUCAUUUAUAUUUUGCUUCCACGCACAAAAGAUCUGUUUUGUAUUUUUUGUUUGUUUGAAUGGGAAAUAAAUCCAUUUAAAUACAAAUAAAUAUUUCAAAAUAUUCUUCAUAACA